CGCUGAAAAUGAUCGAUAUGACCUGUUUCUCCAGGACGAAAUUUAUUUGUUGAAGUGUUCAGACUUCAGUUGAGCAGAGCCAACGAACUGUUGAUGAUGGAAGCCUGAUGAAGAAUUUACCCCGAAUUUCUGAGUAAGAUGGUAUAGCAGCAAGCCGAUGUCCUCGCGAAACUUACAUUAGCACUGUGUGGUUGGAUUAGGUAGUCAAUUCUGCCCAGAGCAGGAAGGAGAAAGUCGCCAUGGCGUCCGUAAAAGUGGCCGUUCGAGUGCGUCCCUUCAACCAGAGGGAAGUCGACCAUAACUCUAAGCUGGUCAUUGAAAUGGAUGGACCUCGCACAGCAAUUAUUCACCCGAAAGACGGCACACCAAGAACGUUUUCAUUUGACUUUUCGUACUGGUCUCAUAAGACCAAGGAUGAUGGCACUUUCCACAACCAACAAGUUGUCUAUGAUGACAUCGGCCAUGAAAUGCUGGAGCAUGCAUUUGAAGGAUACAAUGUAUGCAUAUUUGCGUACGGCCAGACGGGAGCGGGAAAGUCCUACACCAUGAUGGGCAAAGCACACGACAAAACCGACGGUGGUAUCAUUCCACGUCUUUGCGAGGAGCUGUUUGCGCGUGUUGAUGCCAACGAUGAUGCUGACUUGUCUUUCCAUGCUGAGGUCAGCUACUUUGAAAUUUACUGCGAACGCGUGCGUGACCUUCUCAAUCCGAAAAGCAAGGGCAACUUGAAAGUUCGUGAGCAUCCCAAACUUGGUCCGUACGUGGAAGACCUGGCCAAGUUGGCGGUAACGUCCUUUGCCGAUAUUGACCGUCUCAUUGAUGAAGGCAACAAAUCUCGUACUGUUGCUGCUACCAACAUGAACGAGACCAGCAGUCGCUCUCAUGCUGUCUUUACUCUCGUCUUAACCCAGAAAAGAUUUGAUCAAAUGACCAAGCUUACCUCAGAAAAGGUCAGUAAGAUCAGUCUGGUGGAUUUAGCUGGCAGUGAGCGUGCUGACUCAACCGGUGCAACGGGUUCUCGUCUAAAGGAAGGUGCCAAUAUCAACAAGUCCCUGACAACUCUGGGAAAGGUCAUCCAUGCUCUGGCUGAAGCCUCCGAUCCAAAGAAGAGGAAGAAGGUUGAUCUGAAGAACUUUGUUCCGUACCGAGACUCAGUUCUGACUUGGUUACUUCGUGAAAAUCUUGGUGGUAACUCUCGCACAGCCAUGGUAGCAGCACUCAGUCCUGCGGAUAUCAACUAUGAGGAGACGCUCGGCACGCUACGCUAUGCUGAUCGCGCCAAGGCCAUUAUGUGCAAGGCCAUUGUCAACGAAGAUCCCAAUGCAAAGCUGAUCAGGGAGCUGAAGUCAGAGGUUUCCCAACUCCGGGACUUGAUUCGCGCUGAAGGUCUUGAGGCACAGCUCAAAUCCAUCGGCCUCUCUGGUAAGCAAGAGCUACCCGCUGGGGCAACAGCUCGACCUCGCGCCAGUUCAGCCACGGAUCAAGAGAAGCGCGAGGCUCUGGAAAAGCUGCAGGAAUCUGAGAAACUGAUCGCCGAGCUCAACCAGACUUGGGAAGAGAAGCUGAAGAAAACACAGCUCAUGACAUCGGAGCGUGAGACUAUGCUUGCUGCAAUCGGUCUGUCGGUGAACGCUCACGAGGAUAGCGCUGCGGUGGGUAUCGGCCAGCCGUCGACAAUGCCCCACCUUGUCAACCUGAACGAGGACCCGCUGAUGUCCGAAUGCCUGCUUUACUACAUCAAGGAGGGCGUGUGUCGUGUUGGCCGACAUAACUCACCAGUCAAGCAAGAUAUUCAGUUGUCCGGCCUCAAUAUCCAGGAUGAACACUGCGUCAUGGAGAACACUGCAGGUGAGAUUCAGAUCACACCCAAGGACGGUACUGUGUAUGUGAAUGGUCAGAUAAUCCAUGAGAGUACGGUGCUCAACACAGGUGCCCGUAUAAUCCUGGGUGCAAACCAUGUCUUCCGGUUCAAUCACCCUGAGCAAGCCCGGCUAUUGAGGGAAGAGCGGGAAAAGGAAGAGUCAUCGCAACCGGCCGAUGGUGACAGCACCGCUCUAGCUGAUUGGUCGUUUGCUCAACGGGAGCUGAUUAAGGUUCAGGGCGCGACUGUUCAACGUGAGAUGGAGGAAAAGGUCUCGGUUUUAGAAGAGCAAAUGAAAAGAGAGAAGGAGGAAGCGGAAGCCGUCCUGGAGCAACAGAAGGAGGAGUUUGAGCAGAAGAUCAAGCAGCUUCAGGAACAAGUUCUUGCAGAGCCCUCUGGGACAGUGGUGGAGAAGCCAGCAGAGCCAGAGCUGACAGAGCAGCAGCUUGUACGCGCCAGACUAGCUUUGGAGCGCUGGAAAAACCAUCAGUAUACUUCACUCAAGGAGGAUCUCCUCACGUAUGCGGUAUUGUUGAAAGAGGCCAACGCUAUCAGUGUAGAGCUGAAAAAGAGGGUGUGGUUCCAGUUUACUCUACUCACAUCCACACCGUACACACCGAUCCCGAGCAGCGUUCACGAUGGCACCGACCUCAACGAAUCACAGCUCAACACCGGCAUGUUUACCAUGGCCUCCAUCUCCAAGGAUCCAGUAGACCCAUCCAGCUCGGGUACCGCUACUCCACGUGCCUUGAACCAAAGCAGCGCGGCUCUAACAUCACCAGCCAGUUCAUCUGCCAUCCUAGGCGGUGCUGCUGCUGCUGCCGCUGGCUUAGGUGUACCACCCAGUCAUCGCCAGCAGCACACCGUUGUGGCCAUUGAAGUGACUGAUCAAACCAACCAUGCUGUCCACCACUGGUCACUGCGCAAGUUCAAGCGAAGAAUUUACGACAUGCGAGCGCUGUAUGAAUCGUCUGUUGAACACCGCUUGCCAACGACUCUGUCCACAACGAAUCCGUUCUCAGACCGGACAAGUUGGUUCCGACCCAUUGGCAGGGGCUUUGUGUACGUCAACAACAUUGUGUAUGAUUUUCCGCUGUCACAUGAGGUCUUGCUCGUCAGUGACAAGGCAGAUACCAUCGGCAAAGUGCAAGUGACCAUAGAACCUGUCGAUGCGUCGGAAGAAGUCAAUGAGAAGGAUCUACGCCACCUUUCUUUGGAUGAUGUCACGAAAACUGACGGCAUUCCGGCUGCUUCAUCGACACCGGUCAGGGAGAUGCAAUCCAUGGCUGAGCCGUCAACACCAACUCAGAUGGAGUCGCCUCUUGAUGAUGCUGAUCGCCACCAGGUAUGUGCUGGUGAGGAGGUGAUAGACUUAGCAGGAGAGGAAGUUGGCAGCGGUGAGGAGGCGGUCGGCGAGGCUGACUCCCCGCCGUCUUCAUCCAGUCCCGACGGUCGAAGGCCGAUGGCGCCGCGUUUGCAGGUGAACGGCCUGCCGCCUGACGACACAUCCAUACACUUACCACAGCCCGGCUGGCUUUCAACGCUGGGCGCUCUCGGUGCCGAUGGCCAGUCUGUGCGCUUCCGUGUGCGUGUCAACCGGCUUGUCGGUGUGUCCAAAACCGAGACGGAGCUCUUCAUUCAGCUGGGUUUUGUGCAGCGUGGUGACAAGUUCAACACAACGUUCAUCACCAACGAUGCAGAGGAAACGUCGGACAAUUUCCAGUUCUCGCAAGUGGUGGAGAUUUCCCUAACACCGGAGAACUUAUCGAAACUGCACCGGGUGCCUAUGCUGUUUGAGCUGUAUGGACGCUCUCGCGAUCACCCGCUGAGUCCGAGUGCAUCGCGUCGCCAGUCCAGGACUGUAUCGCGGUCAGCAAGCCAGGCACCCAUGUCGAGCAACCCGGCUGAUAGUCAUCUAUACUCUCGCAGUGAUGUUCUCAUGUGGGUGGAGGUGUGCGAGCUUGCGCCGACAGGAGAGUACAUGCCCGCCACCGUAGAUCACCAUAUAGACUCCCAAUGCAAUGGUGUAUUCUGUCUGCAGCAGGGUAUUCAACGUCGCCUGCGCUUCACUCUGGUGUCGGAGAGCAGCGCAGAGGUAUCUUGGCGCCGUGCAAAGCAAGUCAUUAUUGGUCGUGUGCGUAGUGAUUUCAUGUCUACUGGUGAAGAGAGUAACUCACAGCCACUGAGCUUGAACAUUCUGCCGAGUACGACCAAGUUGGACAAGGAGGAUCUCAGGACCUACCAUACGUUUGAGGCUGUGUGGGAUAGCUCUCUUCAUAACUCUGUACUACUCAACAGGGUGACCGCCUCAGACAAAUGUGUGUAUCUCACUCUCACCAUCUACAUUGAGUUGGAUGGUUGCAGUGAACCAGCCAGUGUUGGCAAGGACAUCGCCAUUCAGAUGCACUCCAGAGAUUCCAAGCCCGGCGGAAGGAGUGUAUGGCAAAUGUUGACUGGCACACUGACAGGGUCUUUACCGAAGAGUCAAUGCAACCGCAGCUGUGCUGUCUAUGAUCUAUGCUUACGCCGGUCACAAGGAAAGAAGAUCGACACCAACCAAUCUCGUCAGAUCACGGACACAUCGUCAACGUAUGUGCGCGGUGAGGAGAACCUGAAGGGUUGGCGUCCUCGCGGCAGCUCACUGAUCAUUGAUCACCAAGACCAACUAGAUCGGCUGGAACGAUUGCAUGAGGUGGUCAAAUGUCGGCAUUUGCUUGCUCUCUACGAGAAAGCAUUGACUCUACCAAACACGCAGCUGGGUAAAGUGGAGCCUCGCCCGGAUGUUGCGGAACGACUUGAUUCCAAAGGUGGUGACAGUGGUAUUUCCACACCAUCGCAGAGUCUGUCUGACCUCGACGAGGGGAUACGACUGCAAGGCACUGGAGAGGCGCCGUCUCGUGCCUCCAUGCUGACCUUCCGGUAUGCACAGCUGAUGCAGAGGCCACUGCUGUCCCAGCGCGUUCUCGAGGCUGCUGAUGACAUCACCAAUGGCCUUGUGGGACGUGUGAAUCGUCAAUCGUUCCGUCAGUCGCUUGUCCCGGAGAUGCAGGAAAUUCGACUUGGUAAAUCGAUUGCGAUCAAGGGCUAUCUGAACUUCAUGCAGCAGUGUCGCAGUGGUUGGGACAAGCGUUUUGUUGUCAUUCGCCGGCCAUACCUGCUCAUCUAUGAAACUGAGAAGGAUCCUAUAAUCCGUGGUGUUGUCAACUUGACCGAGGCUAAGCUGCAGUAUGGAGCACAGCAACCCAUGAUCAAUGGUGCCCCCAUGUUCUCUGUAUGCACAAAGAACCGUGGUCUAUUGUUGCAAGUGGUGAAGGCGAAGACGUGCGACGACUGGGUGUAUGCACUUAACCCGCUGCAAGCUGGUGCUCUAAGGUCAUCGCGUGCCGCCGAACCUUAGUGAAGUUGCACAGCUGUUGAUGUACUGCAUGUUCGGUGACUUCUGCGUUAUUCAGUCACCUUCGGAAGCUGCUCUGGUAACUUGUUUAACGUAUCGACUGUUCACGAUGCCGAUGAUUGUACUUGUUUGCUCGUCUGUAGUUGCGAGCAUGCACAUGUGUGUGCCUUUUGUCAGUCGUGUGUGUAUGCCAGUGUGUCAGGUGUGUGUACGUGUGUGUGUGUAUGUGUACACUCUGUACAUAGCUGCAUGCUGGUGGCAUGUUUAGUAUUGGCGUGCACACAAGAGUUUUUCCCGCAAUCGCCCACUAUAUCUAGAUACCCUGGCCCAGUGUGUUUGCAGGGAACGGUACGGUGUCAUUACUAUUAGUUAGCUGUGUGGAGAAUGUCCACCCUAUUCGCUACAGUUCAAAAAAUAGCUCUGUCCAAUGUGAUUCCCAUCCCCCUCUCCCUUCUUGCGACAGCCACUGCUGUUUUUGAAUCAUACCACUUCACUACGGCUAUUUGCAUGUUAUCUGCAUUGUACCCCUCUGCUAGAAUGCCUGUAUGCUGCUUCACAAAACUGUUCUUGUUUACUUGUUGCAUGCAUUCUCUUAUUCAGAUUCCUUUCCACAAUCACAAAUUGCUGUCCCCUCUCCCAGCAUGCUCGUCAUCCACACUCUAUAUAUUUCAUCUAUUUUUAGAUCGUCAUUUAAGUAUUCGGAAAGGAUUAUCUGUCACGAUGUGAUUAUUUAUAUAUUUUCGAAUUCCCCUGCAUGUCUGGUGAAUUCAUUGGCCAAGAUUCUUUUUUAUUCGGAACAGAAGUCAUUAUGAUGACACGUUUUCGUGAAUCAGG